UUAUGUGAACAUGUGUAUCAAAGACUAUGAAGAUGAAUCUCCAGUAAGAGUUUUACAUGACCUCCACUGUGAAAUCAGGACUCUGAAGGAAGAUGUUAAUGCCAGUCUUAGUAAGAGUUGCUCUGAAAAACAAGCAAUUCAUGACUUCAUGAAGGCAAGUGAAAUACUGAUGCAAAGAAAUGCAGCAGAUCUUGGAAAAAUAAGAGACCUGUUCCAGAAAUAUGGCUACAAACCACGUGUCAAAGACUCUACAGCAGAGGAAGAAGUUAACAGUGAUUCGACAGUGUCUGUCCAGAAUAAAUCCGAUGAAGAAAAAACCGAUGAUGUUCCUCCUCUUCCUGCUUGUACUGAGAAGCCACUGGUGCCCAAAGACCCACUGCGUAACCCCCAGCUUUCUGAUUUUGGUCUUUCACAAUACGCUUUCUCCAGGCCCUGGAGUGCAGUGAAAGGACAAUACACAACAAAUGCAUAUCAAGAAAAUUUAAAGAACGGGACUCCACUAAAAACACAGACCCCCCGUAUGUUGCCCAGAACACCAAAAUGCAUGCUAAAGAUGGACGAUUAUGAGUGUGUAACACCAAAACUUGAACACUUUGGCAUUAGUGAACAUACUAUGUGUAUGAACGAAGAUUAUACGAUGUCGCUUAUUCGUAAAACAGCUCAGGCAAGCAAGGAGUUUGUUAAAAAAGAUGAUCAUGCAGUGAGUGUACGAGAAAUGACACCCAGGGAAAUCAUGGUUACUCCUGGGCCAAAACCAAAAGUGACAGCUGAGAACGCAGCUGACUGGAUGGCUUCUCCUAUGGUACUUGUAUUCUGUACUCCUGAUGUGAAAAUCCCUUCCAGAACAAACAGAACAGUAUUAUCAAGGUCACUGGAGACAAAUGAACUGCCUCUUCCCAGCCAUGCACAAACACCACAGUUUCCAGAUUUUGAAACAAGAUGGCUAAAAACAGAAGCUAAGAUACAGGUAAAGCAGGGGGAAAAAACGGAGUCAGUGACAUCGAAUGAUGCAGCAGAUAAAAAACAUGUAGAAGAUAGCAUUCCUUUUGCUGUGAGCUCUAAUGAGUAUCUUAAACAUUUUGGAGACCCUUCUCCUCCCAGAAUAAAACACUAUGACCAGUUACUUGAUACUCCUCCACCUCCAGAAAUAACAAGGAUACCAGAUGAUGUUCGACAGAUUCUGUCCAAGUAUAAUCAUAAAGUAGACUCUUCUAAAGCCAAGGAAAUGGAAACCAAGGCAGGAAAUACUACAAGAUACGAAACUGGUUUCACCAAUUACUGCAACAAAGAGAAUAGAGGAUAUCCUGGAUUUUUCAAGCCGAAUGUCUGAAAUCAAGAUGAAGACCAUGUUGAGACUGUUUCACAUUCAUGGAUCUUAUCACUGAAUCAUAAUAAACUCAAAAAGCAGAAGCAAAAAUUUGUGGGAGGGAAGAGCCAUACAAAGGAAAAGCUUUUUUUAAUGGAGAAAGUUUAUGUGAAUAAGCUUGUUUGAACUAACAACUUGUGCUUGGCAAAAUACAUUGGGGGGGUUUUAAAUAUGUAUAUGCUUCAAAGAGGACUGGGGUCAUGUACAAGGUAGUACUUCAGUUGUUUCACCUGAUUCUUGUGUGUGUUGUGUAUGCUUGCAUUUGCAGUAGGCUGUGGAGAAGUGUAGUUAGGUUGCAGUAAAGAGAAAGUCCAGUAUAUUGCCCCAGACAGUGGGUGUAUCUGGCUGUUCUGGUGACACUGUGAAUCUUUUCAGGGCCGAGUUUCAAGUGUAAUACUUCAACAGUAUUUGGUGUCUUCAACAGAAACAAGUCGUCUUUUAUGUGAAGAGUAACUCCUGCUUUACUGUUCAAAGCACUUCUAUGCAAUUAGUCACUUCUGCAAUACUCAGGCGUAUCGCACACAUUGCUGCAUCAGGCUCUCUGUUACCUAUCUCAUGGACAGGUAUUUCUUAUGCUGCUUCUUUGUCAUCGUUUUCUUGCAUCGACAGUGUAUUAGGUGCUAUACAUCUGGUUUCCUUUUGACAGUCUAACCUCUGUAGCCUGAUUUGAAUAAGAAUUAUUUGAAAAUACAUUAUGCAAUCAGUACUUACAUAUAUCAACUGCUGGAAAGGUUUGCUAGCAGGCGUGUAGGUGAUUGCUUACUCUCCUGUGCUGCUGCCAUGUGCAUUCUGUAAGUGGUGGUGUCACUUUCUAAACAUGCGCAUCGAUCCCUGUAAUAGCUGACUAAGCAUACAGUCUCAGAGCCGUUGGGCACUUUUUUGAUAUCUGGUAGUCAUACUAAUUAGGAUGUCUUUUUCUACCAGAUUUUACUUUUGUCCACA